AUGUCGCGGGUUUGCGGGUCGCGGUGCCCGUGGUGGCAGCGUGCCGUAUGGACCCUGGCACUCUUGGUCUGCACCGCCCUCACCGCCGUGCAGAUCUGGGACAGACUCACCUACUACCUCCUGGUCCCGGUGACUGUCAACGUGCGCGUCACGAGGAACCAGUCGCUCAGGUUCCCCAUCGUGUCCUUCUGCAACAAGAACCGCUUCAACAUGACCGCCGUCAGAGUGCUUCAGGAGCGCCGUGGGAACGCCAGCACGAGGGAUUCCUGGGCGAUUCCCGACCUCGUGGGGACGGCCGGGAUGUCGGCCGGGGACGCGUGGGAGUUCACCAGCCAUGACAAGAGCCGCAUGAUUAAGGAGUGUUGGUUUACCCGCGGGCGCACCUGUGAAGAGGUUGGCUCCUGGACAACGGUGUACACUGUACUCGGUGUCUGUUACCAGUACACUUUGCGUGAGCCCGUCGCCAUCUCCGGCAUCUUCAACAAUUUGUACUUACUCCUGCACGACCAAGAAUCCGAAUCCUACGAGAACGACCGAGGCUUCAAGAUCCUUAUCCACGACCCGCGAGACGACCCCGUGAUUGACCUGAGGACCCACGGGACGACCCUGAUGGAGGGCUGGGUGAAGGACGUCCGCGUGGCCGUCAGGGAGUUUAAAACCAUCCCGACGAAUCGACGCCCAUGCAUUGCCACGCCCACUUACUCUUCUUCUCAGUGCAUCUCCAUGUGUUUCCUUCGCACUCUCUACGACGAGACACAGUGUCUUAUGCCCUACAUGAGCGCGUCCGUGGCCCCGGCGGGCGAGCCCUGCAGAACCCCAGAGCAGUACCGCCUGGCCAUCCAGAAAGAGCAGGACCUCCUCUUCUACGGCGGGUGGUCGCACGUCAAGUGCAACUGCCUCAAGCAGUGCAACGAGGACAUUUACUCGACCUACACGGAGGCUGCGAAGACCUCCGGCAAGUCAGCCAAACUCAGGGUUUUCUUUCAGGACCUGACUUACGACGAAGUUUCCGAAGACAUCGCCUACGGCGCCAUCGCCCUCCUCUGCGACAUCGGGGGCACUCUCGGCCUGCUGCUGGGCGCCUCCGUGCUCACCUUCAUCGAGUUCGUGGAGGUCGUGGGCAUGAAGUUCCUGCCGCAGGGGCCUCGGCUGUAAAUCGGUUGGCUUUGCCCGGAACUGCAUUCAUGGCGAAAAAGGGAGAGAAGGUGUGGACGAGAAUGAAUGUCCUGUAUUGUGAAGAGAUUCAUUCUCAUUCUAACCUUUUUUUUUACUUUUUCUUGUUAUUCAUCUGCUGCUCCAAUUGUUAUUGUUAUGUGUUUACGUUUUUUGUUUUCAUUUGUUUUGGAUUAUUAUCAUGUAAGUUAAUAUCGUGACUUAUGUAUUAUUUAACUUACCACUUAAUGAUAUUUACCCAUUUUCAUUCGUUGCCAUUACUCAGUAAUUCACUUUAACUUAUGUGUGACAUCAUUUGAUACUCUUCAUGGUUAUCCUUCUCGCCAAGGAACA